AUGACUUUAAUUGCUAAAAGUUUUAAAAUCAAUUUAGUGGCAACAAUAUUUGUUCUAUUGAAUUUGUUGCAAGAUGCUCGAUGUGAAAAGUGUCAACCACCGGAAAUUGAUCAAGAAAAAGUUGAAGUUUUAUGUUUUAACCUUAAAACUUUAUCAACCGGUCUUAUAGAUAAUGGAGAUGGAAAUUUUAAAAGUUCAGUUUAUUUUGAUUAUUUAGAAGAUCCAUGUAGUCAAAACUCUGAAGCUAUAGUGAUACGUUGUAAAAUUGGUUAUCAAAAUAAAAAAUCCAAAGGGCAAGAUGCUCUUUUGAAUUUAUGCGCAGAUGGAAAAUGGAAAUAUGAAAACACAGAUAGUGAUGAUUGUGAUUCAAUAUGUGGCAAAUUAUUUGAAGAAGAAUUGAAAUCAACCCCCAAACCACUAUUGUAUCAAGGUAAUGAAGUCGAUAUAAAGCUUGCGCCAUGGCAUGUUGCCAUUUACAGAAAUUCUUCAAAUACAUUUGAGCAAAUAUGUGGUGGAACAAUUAUUCAUUCAAAUAUUGUUGUAUCAGCAGCUCAUUGUUUUUAUGAUGUAUCAUAUGGGGAAUUAUUUGAUGCAUCACGUUUUUGGGUUGGAGCUGGCAAACGCUUCCGUCGAUACGAAGCAGAUGAACCAUUAGCACAAUUUGCCCAUGUCAAAAAAAUAGAUUUGCCAUUAACAUUUCAAUCACGACCAUUAAGAAGCGAUAUUGCAAUUUUAAUUCUUGAUCGUCAUUUUAAAUAUAAUCCUGUUAUAGCACCUGUUUGCUUAGAUUGGGAGCUAGGUCCUAAUUCAAGACAUUCUAAUCUUGCUGCCACACUUUAUGGAUGGGGAGAUACAAAAUCGACAGGAGCUCCAAGUGAAAAGUUAUUAGAAAUUAAUUUAAUUGCUAUGGAAAAUGAUGAAUGUAAAACAAUAGUUGAUCCCAACUUCAGGUCAGAUAUUUCCAGUGAUAAAUUUUGUGCUAUAAAUAAAAAUAAUGCAACCGCAUGUGGGGGAGACAGUGGUGGUGGUUUGAUAACUAUGAGAGAUGGUUAUAAAUUAACUGGUGUUGUCAGUGAGGGUCUCAAUACAGAUAGUUAUUGUUCUAAUGGAUUUGUAACAUUGUUUACAAAGGUACGAAUUUUCCAUGAUUAUAUAAAAGCUACAGUCGCUGAAAGCCGAAAUGAAGAUCAAGCUGUUAGAAAGCAAUUCUAUUCUUUCCAAGGCUUACAAUAA